CUUCUCUAUCCAUUUAUUCAGUUGUUCACCAUUUUACCCUGCCAAAAGACAGUUCACCAGUCAGUUGUGAGUGUUUUGCGCGUGUGGAAGAGUGUUUGGAGCUCUCUGAUAAAUGCAGCUGGUACCUAGUCGGCAGGAUGGAUGUUCUGUUGUGGAGAUGUGUGCUGGGACUCCUCUGCAGCCCUGCAGUGCUCACCUGGACAGUUUCCCAGAGCCCCAGUGCUGUAGCUCUGAUGAAGGUCAACUCCUCGGCCGAGAUCCUCUGCUCCACAUCGCUACCGGACCCCACAGGCCUCUACCUCAGGGGUCGAUUCCACAACAACAGAGAUGUGCUGUACUUGUCGAUAGCUGACAGAGCAGUCGGUAGGACCACAAUCCACAAUGGGUUCAGAGGUCGGGUCACAGUGGUGUCAGACCAGGACCAGGAGGUCAAGCGGUGCUGUGAUUUCACACUGAGGCUGUCCCAGCUUGGGGUGGAGGACACAGACAGUUACUACUGCAGCUGGAGGUACUACGAUACCAAAGGGAAAGUGCUGGUACAGCGGCACAGUAAUGGCACCAUCAUCAUUGUCAGAGAGAGAGAUCCAGAGAAGAGCUGUGGCGGCGGUCAGACCAUCAUGGAACUCAUCUUGAUUGUGUUGAGUUGGACGGCCUUCAUCGUCAUCUUCUUCCUCUUCAUUGGAGCUCUGAUGUGGCGAUGCACACGGACCAGAAAGCACUACACACCAGCCAGGGACAAUAGAAGACACCACCAUCACCACCACCAGCAUGUGUGUCCACAGCACAGGCCCACUGCUGACCCACAGUUCAUCUACUCCAGCAGCUCUCCAGACCAUGUCAACUUUAAAGGGAAACUGUAACAUUGAAGGGAAUGGAAUAAGUUAUUCUGCAAUUGCGGUAAUGAUUUACCUUUAGAGUGUCUACGCAGUUACGCCUACUGUCUGUUCUCACUAAUGGAAUGUUCUUUACUUACUGUUUUUGGCUAGAUUUCAGAUAUAUUUUCAGACGUCUGUCUGAGCAAUCCAUUAUUUGCGUUUAUUUGCCAAGUUGGUAGUUGUGCAUUUCUGUUCAUUGCAUCUGACAGAAACAUCCGUGCAAUUAAAUAGUGUGCAAUUAUGUGCAUUUUGUUAGGCUACUGUUCUCAUGAGCUCUUUCUCACCAAAUGUCUGUUUUUCUCUUCUUUUGUGUCUCCACUUCCGAUUGUUAUGGGAAUUGUCUAUGUUAACAGAAAGACUCUUUCUAUGUGACUCAGUGAUGCUAACAGCAACGUACCAUACCACAUCCUGCAGUUUGAUGUCUGACAUGCUCUCAGAUCAUAUAUCGGCUGCCUAAUGUGUGAACGGGUCAAUUGUUUAGUUUUUUGCACAUCCUGUAGAUUUAAGUGUUUCGACAAUGUUGUGCUAAUCUGUUAGAUUAUCCUGCUCUUCAUCUGACAUGUCCUAAUGUGUCCAAGCUGAAUAUACAUUCCACGCAAGUGAGAGAUAUAAAAUAGGCAUGUGUCAGUCAAGUCAACACAUAGCCAUUUAAAGAGAUAUUGCUGCAUUACUUUGUAUUUAUGGAUUCCCUGGUCUCACUGACAGAGAGCGGCGAGCCCCAGCUGUUUAGUUGAUUUAUAUAUAUCUUUUUGGGGGGUUGCGUGUUAUUUUGGCAUUAAUACGUGUCACAAAUCAGUUUGCAAACAAUGUGAAAAAAAAAUAAAGCUGCAUAC